AUGGACGAGCAAGAUCCCGGACUGCACUUCUUUCCCGACGGCAAUGUCGACCUGUACGGCACGCUCGCCGUCGACAAGGACGCCACACAGGACCAGAUCAAAAAGGCCUACAAAAAGCUGGCGCUGAAAUUCCACCCGGACAAGGUGCUCUCGUCGGCGUCGUCGGGCGGCGCCGAGGAUGCGAUCCAGCAGUUCCAAAAGAUCGGCUUCGCAUAUGCCGUGCUCUCGGACGAGGUGCGUCGGCGCAAGUUUGACAACACCGGCUCCACCGCCGAGCUCAUGUUUGGCGAGGGCGAUGCGGAUUUCGACUGGAACGACUACUUUAAGCAGCUCUGGACCGGCGAGGUCUCGCGCCAGACGCUCGACGACUUUAAGCGCAAGUACCAAAACUCGUCCGACGAGAAGGACGACAUUCUCGAAGCGUACAACGACACCAACGGCGACCUUGCCGGCAUCUUUGACCACGUCCCCUGCUGCGAGUUCGUUGCGGACGAGGCGCGCUUCAUCGCGCUCAUCGACGAUGCCAUUGCCGCCGGCGAGCUCAAGGCGACGCCCGCGUGGAAGCGCAGCAAGAGCGCCGACGGCCGCAAGGCGCUCCGUGCCAAGGCGCAGGGCGAGGCGGCCGAGGCCGAGAAGCUCGCCAAGGAACUCGGCGUGUGGGACGACCUCUUUGGCGACGGCAAGGCCAAGGCCAGCUCCACCAAAGCAGCCGGCAAGGACACCAAGACCAAGGCGGCGCGUGGAAAGGCCAAGCCGAGCAACGACGAGGAGGACGACCUCGGCGGCCUCGCGGCGCUCAUCCAGCGCAAGAGUCAGAACCGCGCGUCCAAGUUUGACGACAUGAUCGCCAAGCUCGAGGCCAAGGCGGGCGUCAAGGAGAAGCGCCCCACCGACGAAGAGUUUGACCGCAUCCAGGCCGAGAUGCUCGCGCGCAAGAACGGCGGCGCUGCCAACAAGGAGAACAAGAAGCGCACCGCUGCAUCCUCAGCCUCGACAGCAGCAGCAGCCGGCACAGCGUCCAAGAAGAAGGCCAAGAACGAGGUGCCAGAUUUCCCGAACCAGAAUUUGUUAGAUCUGGCCUUCCAGGGGAGAUUACGUAUGAAUGCGCCAAUCCUCGGCCAGGCGGCGGCGGCUCUGGCGCUGGGACUGUCAAGCAGCGAGGCGAUCACAUCAUCCCAACCUUCACCCUUCACUCCGUCUACGCCGCAGCGAAACAACACUACAAGCAUGGUCGGCGCUGCAUUUGGGCGCGCCACGCUGCAGGCUGUGGCGCGCGCGACCACCGCGUCCAGCUCGUCACUCGGAUUCACGCCGUCAUCGUCUUCGCGCAUCACAGCGGCGCUGCAGGCGUCGGCACGUAGCUCGUCGCUUGGCCAACGAUAUCUGCACGCAGUGUCGUCCACGACACAGGUAGCCACCACCCCGCCCGUGGCGGUCAAGAUUGCGACGACGACGGCGCAGCGCACGCGCAAGGAGCGUCGUACGGCGAUGAAGGAGCAGCGCAAGGCGGCGAAGCGCAAGAUCGCCGAGUCGAGCGUGUCGGCGCGGCUGGGCGUGUCGACGACGACGACGUCGCCGUUCGUGCGCAAGGACCGACAGUUCAAGACGUUCAAGCCCAUCACGCGCUCCAUCCGCUGGCUGAGGCAGCCGCUCAACGAGCAUCUGCACUCGGGCAAGCCCGAGCGCUCGCUCACCAUCGCCAAGCGCUCCACCGCCGGUCGCAACCACCACGGCCACGUCACCGUGCGCGGCCGCGGCGGUGGACACAAGCGCCGCAUCCGCCUCGUCGACUUUUACCGCUGGGAGAGCGGCGAGCAGGAGGUACUGCGCAUCGAGUACGAUCCCGGCCGAAGCGCGCACAUUGCGUUGAUCGAACACAAGCAGACGAAGCGCAAGAGCUACAUCCUUGCGCCCGAUGGUUUGCGAGCGGGAGAUACCGUGCAGAGCUACCGUCUGAGUGGCGCGAAUGAGGCCACCUCGCGCGCCACCAUUAUCACCGACGAAGAGGUGUCGGCGGAUGGCACCCCGCUCUCCACCGACGCGCUCUCCACCGACCCGGCUGCACCACAGACGGCUGUGGAGCCAUCGGCAGCAUCAACCGAUUCGGGCGCCGGCGCAAGUUCGUCGCUCGACCUCGGCAUUUUCCGCACGCAGGCGAUUCGACCGGGCAACUUCCUCCCGCUCCACCUGAUCCCCAUCGGCACAACCAUCCACUCGAUCACGAUGAACCCGCAGGGGCCUGCCAAGAUGGUGCGCUCCGCGGGAACAUUCGGGCAGCUCGUUGCGUUUUCCGCACGCAGCGGGGCGGGAGAGUCGCAUGCGCAGGUUCGACUGCAGAGUGGCGAGGUGCGUCUGAUCCCUUCGCGGUGCUGUGCGGCGAUUGGCACGGUGAGCAACAAGGACCACCAGCACCGAAGGCUCGGCAAGGCGGGUAGGAGCAGGUGGCUGGGCCGACGACCCAAGGUGCGCGGUGUGGCGAUGAACGCCUGCGACCACCCGCACGGCGGUGGACGCGGUAAGAGCAAGAGUAACAUGCAUCCGCGCUCCAUCUACGGCCAUCUCACCAAGGGCGCACGUACGCGCAAGCCGGGCACGCGCAGCGGCAACCAGAUGGUGGUGCGCGAGCGUCCGCGCAGGAACGGAAAGCGUCUCGGCAAGCCCUAG